AUGUCAGAGACCUCCACACCUCAGGGAGAAUCAAGCACACUGCAACCAGCCUCGGUCCAACAGCUGAACCGCUCGUGUGAGUCAUGUCGCAGUCUCAAGGUACGCUGUUUGCCGAGUCUGUCCACGCCUAAUCAGUGCCAGCGAUGUGCGAAGGGGAAGAGGACUUGCGUCUUUGUUCCCCCGCAGAGACGCCGGCCUCGUAAGCGGACGGACUCGCGUGUGGCACAGCUGGAGAAGGAGAUGCGGGUCAUGCGUUCGCUUUUGAAGGGUCGGAUUCGGGAGGAAAGUGAGCCCGAGUCCGAGGGGAGUGAGGUUGAUGAGCGGGAUUUGGAGGAUGGCGAGAUGAAGAUGCGGGAUCAUUCUGCGCAUUCUUCGGAUCGGUUCAUGGAAUAUUCGCCUGAGUUGAUGAAUUCUCAUCCCGGUGGGCAGGAUCGUGUGCUUUUUUCCGGUCCGCCGUCUUUUGCUGGGUUGCCACCUGGUUUUGAGUUGGAGGAGUCGGAGCCUGUGGAGGAUGUGAUCGAUCGGGGUAUUCUCUCGCUGGAGGAUGCGGAGCAGCUGGUUGCGUAUUUCAUCCAUGAGCUUGCUUAUUUCUUUCCGUUGGUCGUUUUGCCCCUGAAUACGACGGCUGCGCAACUGCGACAGACGAGGCCGGUUCUCUUUCUCUCUGUCAUCGCGGCGACGUCAAUAUCCGUUGACGCAGGGCUAGCAGCGGUGUUAAAUCGUGAGAUGGUCCGGCUCUAUUCCGAGAGGUUCUUCAUUGAAGGCGAGAAAUCAUUGGAAUUAGUGCAGGCCCUGCUCCUCAUGAUCAUUUUUUACUUCCCACCAGCGUCGCCCCUGAAACUGCAAUUCUAUCAGUACACGCACAUCGCCUCGACGAUGGCGCUUGAAAUUGGGCUUGCCAACAAGCGCCGAGUCUCAAAAAGGUCCGACCGGAAGAGCAGACACGAGCCACACGAUGAGUUGCUGGCCGAGCAAGCCAGAGCUGUUCUGGGCUGCUACCACCUUGGUUCAACAGUAGCGAUGAAAACCCGUCGACAGAACCUUCUCCAAUUUAACGACUGGAUGACCGAAUGUGUCAAACAUCUCGAACACUCCCCCUCCGAACAGACCAGCAUUUGGCUGCGUGACGAGGCGACGUCUUCGUUCGGUCUGGAUGAUACCAGUGCCACCUCGCCCUUAACAGAGUCAAGAGUACAGGCAGUGCUGCGAUGGUUCGACAAGCGAAUGGACAUAUGGAAGAAGAAUACCCCUUCAGACCUGCUGACAGUCCCAAUGAUCCUUGAAUACCGCUCCACAGCCCUGGCAAUGUACGAACUAGGCGUAGGUGAAGGUUAUCGCGACCCAGACGCCAUAAAAAGUCGCUACUUCACACUCCCACCCCUCGACGACGAACACGAACACGACCCCGAAUCCUCAGACCCAGACCCAACCACUGCCCCAAUCGAACCAAACGUCAACCAACCAACCAGCAAAACAAAUACCCUCAGCGCAAUCCGCAUCGAUAUAAACAUGAAAUGGAUGAACGCCGCACAAGAAAUGCUAGACGCAGUCCUAGCAUGCAGCAUAGACACGAUGCGGAAAUUGCCGAACUUGAUGUAUACACGGCUAGCAACGGCCGUGACGGCUCUGUUGAAGAUUCAUUUCUCCGUGCGGACGGGGGCCCUAGGAGAAGUCGUUACACCGGAGACGGUGAAUGUGGCAUAUUAUCUGGAUGCCGUCGGAGCAAAACUCGGCGAAGCGGGCGGUGGAGGAAAAUUCAAGAUCCCUAGUCGGUGGUACCAAGUCGUCGGUGCCAGGGGGCGGGACUGGUAUGACCGAUUGGAAAGACGAUAUAGCGGGAAUCCAUCCGGAGUGGGAAUCGGAGGAAUGGGGGUUAGCCCAUCGACGGGAACAGGAAUAGGGACAGGGACAGGGACAGCAGAGCAGAUGGGCAUGUCUGCUCAAACGCCCGGUCUUGGACCCGCGUCACACCACCGUGCAGCGACGCCAUCUUCACAUCACUCUCACGCCCAUCUGACUGUGAAUCCGAAUCCCAACACCCAACCAGGAAUGGAGCCCUAUCCCAUCUCAGCAGCCGUCAGUCCAAUUCCACCCCAUGCGGGAAUAGAAAGUGGAUAUGUAGCAAUGAGUGGACCGCCGAUGUGGCCUGGGCCAAGUCCAAGCCCGAUGGAUGCGCAGAAUCCGAAUCCGCACUUCUUUCAUUCUCUCCCGCCGGGGUAUCAGCCUUCACCUGCGAAUUCGCAUCCAGCUAUGCAGCCGCAGUUUGCGUAUGAGGCCCAGCCGCGUAUGCAGCCUCCGGGACAUAUUCAAGUUCAUGGACAUGCCCGCGGCCCAGGUCCAGGACAGGGUGGGCCACAGGCCCCGGGCAUGUACGGAACUGGCAUGGAGAUUGAUGGAUGGUUGCCUGAUGGUAGUAUCUUUGGCAUGCCGCCUUUGCCUGAGUUUUGA